AUGACUGCAGUAAAAGUAAAUGCAAUGAUUUUGAAAGUAGUGUUGUUGUGUGUGUUGCUUCAUUGGAGCCCGGCCUACUCAACACGGUUUAUUGUUGGAGACAAUAGAGGCUGGAGCUACAAUGUAUCCGGCUGGGAAGAUGGCAAGAGAUUCUACCAUGGUGACAUUCUAGUUUUCAGGUAUGUCCCAGCCUAUAACAAUGUUGUAGUUGUGGAUAAGUCGAGUUAUGAUUCUUGCACCUGGCCAGCAAAGGGCAAGACGUAUACUUCUGGUAAUGAUAUGAUAAGGCUAAGAAAAGGGCCUAAUUAUUUCAUUUCUGGGCAUUGGGGACAUUGUUACAAUGGAGUGAAGAUAGCUGCUUAUGCUGCUUAA